CCCAAAGUCUACGAUUUGUCACCUUUCCCAAAGCGCGAGAGACUGGAAGCUCCAUACCCAAAACCCCUCUCUCGCACUCUCUCUGCGCUCGUUACAUGCUUGGCGAGCCAUGACCCCUCUCACUCUCACUUCAUUAUCUUCAUCCACUCGUCUCGAUCUCAAUCCUCCUCUCUUCCCACAACCACCGCCGCCCACUACUUUCCUCUCUUCGCUCUCCACCCUUAAACCCCAGUCCAAAAAGAAGAAGAAGAUUCGGAACAGAACAUGUAGAGCGGAGUUCGCCCACGACGCACCAGUCGCAGCCGCAAUCGGUGCUUGUAUGCUCAGCUCGCUGGUUUUGCCGGUCACCGGUAAAGCUCCGGACAGUGAUGGUGAUUCAGGUUUUGAUUUGGCUGAUACGAGGUUCUCAGUUAUGGGGAUCAUUAGCUUUAUCCCUUACUUCAAUUGGCUGAGUUGGGUGUUUGCGUGGCUUGAUAGUGGGGAAAGGCGUUAUGCGGUGUAUGCAGUGGUAUACUUGGCUCCAUACCUAAGGUCAAACUUGUCACUGUCGCCUGAGGAGAGCUGGCUGCCUAUUGCUAGCAUUGUAUUAUGCAUAAUUCACAUUCAGCUGGAAGGAAGCAUAAAAAAUGGAGAUAUUCAGGGCUUUCAAUUAUUUAGCAAGGCUGCAAAUCACCUUUCAUCAAUGGCUAGAAGGAAAGACCAUUCAAAGGGGCAUGAAGGAAUUUCUAAGGAGGGGAGGAAAGCAGAGAACAUUAAUUUGCCAUCUGCUGAAGAACAAUCAAGAAAUGAGAUUCGGAGACGGGGAGUUCCCAAAAAACCAUCAGGAGAUCGUGAACCCUCAAACGAAGAUUGGAAAGAUGAUGAGAGAAAUCACUAGCAAGACAGCAACUAAGCAUUUGAUAUGAAUUUUGAUUGACGAUAAUGCAGGCUUAGAGAGAGAGGCUUCCAUGACUGAUUCCUUCUAUUAGAUAACCCGAGUAUGGUUAAAAGCGCCAGUUUCACCCCCGGAUUGCAUUUUUGUUGUCUACAUCUUCAUUGUUUAUUAACUGAAAUGAUUUCUAUAUUUCGAUAUUUUGCUGCAGUAACA